AUGGCCAUCUCUGAGCUUGCUUGCAUCUAUUCUGCUCUCAUCCUUCACGACGAUGAGGUUACAGUCACGGCCUUAAACAAUGUAAACAUUGGAAGUCUCAUCUGCAAUGUAGGAGUUGGUGGACCUGCCCCAGCAGCUGGUGGUGCUGCCCCUGCUGGAGGUGCUGCUCCUGCUGGCACAGCUGCCCCUGCUGAGGAGAAGAAGAAAGAGGAAGCAAAAAAAAAAGAAGAAGAAGAAGAAUCCUAG